AUGAAAAAGCUCGGUCCAGGUAGCAGGAAGUACGAAGAUGACACCCAAGAAGCAACAAGACUGAUACGUCGAGCGGCGUUUGCGCAUAACUCCACGAACAUCGUUGGUGCACCGAUGGCUAGUUUCUUGUUGCGCAAUCACCAACGUUUUUACUUCUCCCAUGAGUUCGUAUAUUGCCCUCUGAAGGACAUAUUGAGGUUGCUGAACAAAGAAGCAAUCACAGUGGAUGCAAAGCUGUCGUCGGACGGAAGUCUGUUCUUCGAGAAUCAAGCAUUUCAUUAUCUCUGUCGCAGCACAGACCUGGAGUCCUUGUCAGUUCGUCAAUUUUAUGAAGGUUACUACUUUGCAUGGGACAUGACAAAGGCGAAAAAGAAGCGUAAGAGGAACGGCGAAAAGACAUUCUGGCGGUUCGAGAACACGGAUCAUUUCAUCCAUCCAUCAUCGAAAGCAAUUGAAGAAGAAGAAAGGGACGUAUGGAUUGCCCAGUCAAUGUGCUGUGAAAUCGGAUAA